AUUUCUUCCAGUCUGAGUUGGCCGCAAGGAACUUGCCAGGUGGUUCGCUGAAUGCUGUAAGCUCAAGCCGCUGAGGACACCUCCAAGAGGCCAUUCGCGCACAGCUGUCUUUCUUUUGUUGGGGUGGCCGCCUCGCGCGGCAGUUGAUGCGCCGCGGUGCCGUCGCAAUCAGUUCCUCACUUGAAUCGAGCUUACAGUUUCGCCUUGGACCGAGUCUCGCAGUCGCAACGUCUGCUGUAUCCGCAGUUGUGCAUCGCACGAUACGCUUUGUCACAGCCUCCUUUCCACCGACUCCAUUGCUGCUUGCAAGUGGACUCCCUCAGGAAUCAGGACGUGCUACCACUUGACAUCUAUUGCAGUCCGGCUUUUCAGACACCAUGGCGGCCAAUGCAAAUGGAAUUGCUGCCGAUGGAAGCAGUGGGACCCCCGGAAAGCAGCUGGGAAUCACUCCGCCGAUUUCUCUCACCGGCCCAACAGAAAGGGAGAUUCAGAUCACCGAAAGCCUUGUGGAAGAGCUGAAGAAGCGAAACAUGUUCGAGAGCCCAGCAGAGAGCAAGGUCAGGGAAGUGGUCUUAGGCAAGCUAGAUGCUCUUGUCAAAGACUUUGUUUACCGCGUCUCCCUCGAAAAGGGCAUGUCCGAGUCGCUCGCAAGGACAGCAGGCGGUAAGAUCUUCACCUUUGGAUCCUAUCGACUCGGCGUGCACGGCCCGGGCUCGGAUAUCGACACAUUAUGCGUAGUGCCAAAGCACGUUCAGCGCGAAGACUUUUUUCGUCUUCUUCCCGAAAUGCUCAAGGCCAGACCAGAGGCUACAGAUGUGGCGCCGGUACCAGAUGCUUAUGUCCCACUCAUCGGAUUGAAAUUCUCCGGCAUCUCGAUCGACUUCACCUUUGCGCGUCUGGCUCUUCAGCGGGUGGACGACUCUCUCAUCCUUGAAGACUCAAAUCUGCUCAAGAAUUUGGACGAGCGAGACGUUCGCAGUCUCGGAGGGUCCCGUGUCACCGACGACAUCCUGCGACUCGUGCCGAAUGUGAAUACUUUCCACACCGCAUUGCGAUGUGUCAAGUUGUGGGCACAGCGGCGAGCAAUCUACUCGAACGUGAUGGGCUUCCUUGGUGGUGUGGCCUGGGCAAUGCUGGUCGCUAGAAUAUGCCAACUGUAUCCCAACACGUCAGCUGGUGCGAUCGUUGGACGGUUCUUCAUCAUUUUCGCGCAAUGGAACUGGCCACAGCCCGUUAUGCUCAGACAGAUCGAAGAAGGGCCCCUACAAGUCCGGGUGUGGAACCCGAAGCUAUACCCAAGUGACAGGCUGCAUCGUAUGCCCAUCAUUACUCCAGCAUACCCGUCGAUGUGCUCGACGCACAACGUCAGCCAAUCAACACAGACAAUCAUGACCCAAGAGUUCAAGCGCGGAGCGCAGAUCUUCAACGAAAUCGCUCUUGGCACAAUGCAGUGGAGCGAGCUGUUCGAUAAGCACGACUUUUUCUACAAGUACAAGUAUUAUUUGCAAGUGAUUGCCUCCUCUGGCUCAGCGGACCUCCAGCUCAAGUGGUCAGGUCUGGUGGAAAGCAAAUUAAGACAGCUGGUCAACAAGCUUGAGUUCACACAGGGGCUUCUGUUGUCUCACCCUUUUGUCAAGGGCUUCGACCAGGUUAGCAUCACGCACACAGAGGAGGAGAUUCGGCAAGUCGCGACUGGCACCAUCCCCGAAGCUGUCGCUGCUCGCACAAUGGUCGAAGAUCUACCGAAGCAAGAAGAAGAGGCGAAAGAGAAGGCAGAAGAGCCGAAGGAUGAGGACAGCAAGAAAGGGCAUCGAAUCAUCUGGACCACCACCUUUUACAUUGGAUUGGCCGUGGCGCCAAAAGAUUACAACUCGAGUGGGGCGCGCAAACUGGACAUCAGCUUUCCAACUCAGCAGUUCAUGUCAGUCGUCAAGCAAUGGGACCAGUUUGAGGAAUCUGCCAUGGGAAUUAUUGUCCGGCAUAUCAAAAACACUGAGCUUCCGAAAUACGUCUUUGACGGUGAUGACAAGCCGCCGCCAAAGAGUCUCAAGCGGCCAAAGGGUAAGAACAGUAAGGCGAGUUCCUCCGCUCCAGAUGACGACAGCAAUCGUAAGCGAGCAAAAACAGGGCACACCGUCGCAGCAGACGGGACUGCUGCGCUUCCACUCGCCAGUAACGGCGCCGCCGCUUCGGCUGAUGCAGGGUGUCUUGCGAUAAAUUCAACAGAUGCGGCAGCACCCGCAGCUGCUAACACGGCUGAUGACAGCCUUCCACCGCUGCCUGUGCAACCUGGAAAAGCGGCGGCCGAGGUGGUAAACUUCCAACUUGCAACUGGAGUCGCGCCGGCCACUAUCAGCUCGACGCCAGCGGGCCCGGUGGCCUGAUUCACUAGCUAUCCACGAGAUCGCAUGCUCGCUCGUCCUACCAUUCCCUACCUUGCACCGCGCAAUGGAUGUAUUGUACUUGGUAAUUACAAAAAUGUAG